AUGUCUUCCAAUGCAGACCUCACCGAAGAAAUAGAUGCCAUCAACGCAAUCUACGACCCCACCACGGUCACGAUAUCCUCCGUAACGGAGUCCUCCACGACAAUAACUCUCCAAGUCCCGGACCAUUCGCAAAUAUCAUUCCUCGUCCUCUUUGAUACCAAAUACCCAGAAACCUCUCCUAAGGUCGUCGGCACCUCAACGACCGGGUCAUCGCGCGGUACGGGGAAGAAAUGGGUGGACGUGCUCUCCGAGGCAGUGACGCGGGUGUGGACUCCGGGCUGCGUGUGCCUGUAUGAUCUCAUCGUUGAAGCUCAGGAGAGAUUUGGUGAAAUCAGUGGUGCUUCAGAGCAGGAGGUAGACGGUGAGAAGGGAUCACGGCAUACAGAGAAAACUGGAGCUCAGGAGCCUGGCACUUCUUCGGACCAGACACUUCUGUCAUCUUUCGGACUCAAUGCACCGCCGCCGUGGAUUGUAUCCGAGCCUACGACAGAAAAGAAGUCCGUAUUCGUGGCGCGAGUGGCACACGUAGAGUCAAAGGAGGAAGCGGAGAGGUAUCUAGACUAUCUACUCGCUACGGAGAGGAAGAUUGCUGCCGCAACGCAUAACAUUACAGCGUGGCGGAUACGGCAGAAGAAGUCUGAUGGAUCUAGUUCUGUUGUUCAAGACUUCGACGACGAUGGAGAGACCGCAGCGGGAGGAAGGAUGCUACAUCUGAUGCAAUUGAUGGACGUCUGGGAUGUCGUUGUGGUUGUUACGAGAUGGUAUGGGGGAGUAAAGCUGGGGCCAGACAGGUUUCGAAUUAUCAAUGCUGUCGCGAGAGAUGCACUGGUCAAGGGAGGAUUUGAUAAGUCGGCGGCUACAGAAAACCAGAAAAAAGGAAAGAAAAAGGGAAAGAGAUGA